AUGACGGUCGUCAUUGCAUUUUUCUCUUACUUUGCAUUUUCGAAUUUUCCGGAAAAUGCUACUUGGCUUUCAGAAGAUGAAAGAAAAUUGGCAAUUGAUCGAUUACGACUUGAUAUGGGAGAAGCUAACACAACACAUUUUGAUAAAUCUCAAAUUUUCCAAGCUUUUAGAGAUUUGAAAAUUUAUAUAUUUAUGUUUAUAAAUCUUUGUAUACUUGUUUCAUUAUAUUCUUUCGGUUUUUUCAUUCCAUCAAUUGUAAACGGUUUAGGAUUUAAUACUGUUAUUUCCCAACUUCUUUCCACCCCUCCAUCUAUUUUUGGAUGUAUUUCAUCAAUCAUGAUAGCAAUACUAUCUGAUCGUCAUGGAGUUCGUGGUCCAUAUUUGGUGUCUUGUUUACUAGUAUCAAUUAUAGGAUACAUUUUACUCAUUGUACCGAGUGUUAGUGUUUCUUUGAAAUAUACCGGUGCUUGUAUUGUUGGAUUGGGUAUGUCUGCAUGUGUCCCUACAUCACUUACUUGGUUAACAAAUAAUCUGGCGGGUGACUCGAAACGUGCUGUAGGCUGUGCAAUGAUGAUAGCCUGGGGCAACAUAGGUGGUGCAAUAAGCGCGCAAUUAUACAAAUCCGAUGAUGCUCCUGCUUAUAAGACUGGUCAUACUAUUGCAAUGUCAUUUGUAGUUAUUGCCGUAAUUUUAUCCAUAAUUCAAUAUUAUUUAUUUAAUAAUGCUAAUAAAUCUAAACUUAAAGAUUCUGAAAAUUUUUUAAAAAAAUUAAAUGGAGAGGAUGUUAAGCAUUUGGGAGAUUUACAUCCUUCAUUUAUUUAUA